AUGGACGAUGAUGACCUCAGAGAACAGGAGGAGUCGCGACAAAUACGGACCGCGAACGAGUUCGCAGGAUUCGGAUCUACAGAACAGGAUGCCACUCGCAGGGCAGGGCUCAUGGAUAUAUUGAAAACUGGAGGAGAAACCAUGGGUGUCAAGCUUCUCAAAAAGAUGGGAUGGCGCGAGGGCCAAGGCAUCGGGCCCAAAGUGCGGCGCAAAGCGAAUUUGGACGAGAGCUCUGCCCCAGGUGCCGAUGAAGAGACCUACCUCUUCGCGCCGGAAAACCCACCCAUGGUGGCGUUCGUUCGCAAGACUGACCGCAAAGGUCUUGGGUUUCAAGGCGAGGCGCGCCUUGAAACUCAACCACAGAGCGAAACUACGCACGAUUCGGACCAGACGGACUCGUUUUUCGGCAACCGUUUAGCCAUCCAAGACAAACCAACUACGAAACGAAAAGAUUCGCGACGGGGAGGGUUUGGUGUUGGCCCCCUCAAUGACACGGGCUCAGAUGACGAGGAUCCAUACUCAUUGGGACCUCAAAUCUCGUACAACAAGACAAUCGGGGGAGACAAGAAGAAAAAGAAGAAGGGCAAAGUGGACGAUGGGAAACCUACCAUCGCAUCAUCAAAUCCCCUUCUGAACUCGAAACCUGUGUUCAUAUCAAAGAAGCUUGCAGCUUCACGAGGGAGUGGCGGCUUCAGAAAAUGCCGCGAUGGACGUCUUCCGCUGGACGGGUUCGUUCUCGCGGACGGCCUAUCGGGUCUGUCCAUAUCCGACAAGAAAUAUGACCCUCCUACAAUACCAAGUGAUUGGAAAUCCGCCAAAGAGGUCUCGUCAGAAACACGGGACCAAUCGAGCUACGUUUCAACCGCCGACGCCGCUAAAGCCUCGUCACUUAACCCCACAUCCAGAGCAGCACUGCUGGGCGAAGCCCAGUUGCCUGGAAAGUCUAUCUUUGAUUGGAUGACACCCGAAGCAAGGGAAAAAAUCGCCAAACUUACAGGGAAGACCAAUCUGCCGCCGGCGAUGGGGGAAAAGGCCCCCAAAGGAUACGAACUUCCCGAGUCGCAGAAACGAAAAGAUCUUUGGGACCUUGUACCAAAGCUUGAUAAGCAGGUUGCCGCCCAAGCCUUGGCCCGGGGCAUCGGUGGAUGGAUGCCUUACCAAGAGGAUGAGGAGAAACGUGCGCGAUACCGAACCUUCCUGGAGAUCAGCGCCGGUACUCGAGAAACGCUCCCGGAAAAAGCAGACGGGGCCACCACAAAUGAGUGGGUUACAGAGAUGCAAGAGUUUGGCCGAGCGGCCGAGGUUUUCAAACCCAUUUCUGGAAUCAUGGCAUCCCGCUUUACCUCAGCUUCUUCCGCCCCCAAAGCAGCCUCGGAUGCCCCAGACUCCGUGGACUCGCCUCUCAGCAAACCUGCCGAAAAGCCAGACAGCCCGGCAGUGGCGGCUGCUAAGAUUGGUAUGUUUGGGCACAUGACGCGAAGCACAGUAGACUUUUACCCAUCCCGGCUCUUAUGCAAGCGUUUCAAUGUCAAGCCACCUUCGAAUGUGCAGUCGGAUCCCGGGGAGCGGUCUGGGACUACCUCUGCGCCAGGCACGCGCUUCCAGUCCGGUGGAUUCCAGGCCGACUCGGGCCCCAAAGAACUGGUAUCGCAGGACGUUAUGAAUCAACUUCUGAUCGACUCCCUGGGCUACUUGCCCAGUGCCGAUGGCUCUGACCCAGCUAAGAGUGGUCAGACUGUCACUGCGGCACCGCCCACAGUGAUUGAGCCAGAGCGAAAUGAAGCCCUAGAGGCUGAGCGGCCGGGGGAUGCAGUGUUCAAGGCUAUAUUUGGAGACUGA